GUUGCUUUUACCGCGACCACCGGCCGUCUCACGACUGUCAAACACCGAGCCACUUUCGCUCUGGCCGUGUCGGGGCCCGCGUGAAAAAAAUAUCGAUUUAUAAUAUCGAUACGUGAGUGUAGUUAGUGCAAUCUAGCUAUUGAAGUGCGUAAUGCAAUUAUGAUUAAUCGGAUUUGUAUGUGAUAAACUUGUUUAAAAUUGUUAUUCGAUUAUUUAAAUGAUCUGGUUUCGUUAAUGUAAAUUAGAUUCUAUUGUCAUUAUGAUGCAAGACUGAUAAUCCAUAUACAAACAUAUUCCGGAUAACAGUGUCGUUCCAUGAUUCGAGCAGUUAACGCCAUUUGAAUUUAAAAGGCGAAUUGAAAAAAGACCCACUCGAUACAACAUUUCUGAAAGUUAGCAUUCGGCUUUGAAACGUGCUCAUUGUGACAUAAUAGGACGAUCGGUGCAAAGUAAAAGUGCGGUUGAGUUGAGUUGAGUGCUAGUGCCAUUGACCGACAGCUGGUGACCGCCGAGGCAUCAUGAACACCAAAGCGGUCGAAUUACUGAAAAGGGGCGCAAGGUGCGCUCGCGCAGCGGCUUCUGGUGUGCGCGGUGCGGUUUGCGGCGACAGGAGAGCGCGCAACAUGCUCGCCAGCAUUAAGGGCUUCUGGAAGGUCUGCCGGUACGGCGACCUCUACAUGGUGUUAGCGGCCCUAGCCGCGCAGUCCAUCAACAUAUCGGUGGGUUUCUGCCAGGGCUUCUCGGCAGUUCUGCUGCCCCAGUAUUCACACGAACACCCCACACUAUCGUACGAGCAGAGCUCAUGGAUCGCGAGUCUGGGAGUGAUCUCGAACCCGAUCGGGGCGCUGCUGGGCGGCAUGAUGGUGGACGCCGUGGGCAGGCGGCUGCUGCUGCAGUCGAUCGUGCUGCCGAACCUCAUCGGCUGGUUGGUUAUCGCCUUCUCGGAGACCUACAUAUUUCUGUGUGUAGGACGAUUCAUCACAGGGUUUACUAUAGGCAUGUCAACAGUCUCGUACAUAUACGUGGCGGAGAUCACAACACCAGAAAAACGCGGCGUGCUUAGCGCCCUGGGACCCGGGCUCGUUUCCACCGGCAUCUUCGUCGUCUACUCACUCGGGGCCUUCGUGCAUUGGCGAAAAGUUGCCGCCAUAUGCGCCGGAGUAUCUCUCCUGACACCAUUCCUGAUGUACUUCGUUCCUGAAUCACCUUUAUGGUUAGCCUCCAAAGGACAGAUGAAGGAGGCUUACAACGCAAUGUUCUGGCUCCGUCAGAACAACAGUACAGCCCAGCAAGAGCUCAUGGAGUUCACUAAAGACCGCAAAACCGACGAGUCUAUGUCGUUCAAACAGAAACUCGGUCUGUUCAAGAGGAAAAAUGUGCUCAAACCCUUCGCCUUGCUGAUAAUUUUCUUCGUAUUCCAAGAGAUGUCUGGUAUCUACAUCAUUUUGUAUUACGCGGUGGACUUCUUUAAGUCUGUUGGCACUAGUGUCAACGAGUUCACGGCUUCGAUCAUCGUCGGCGGUGUCAGAGUGUUCAUGGGUGCUGUCGGAGCUUGUCUUAUCAAUAGCUUCAGAAGGAAGACGUUAGCUGCGGCUUCAGGUCUACUACUUGGCGUAGCUAUGCUCGGUGCAGCUAUAUGCGACAGUGUCAAUGGCCCGCCUCUUGUAAAAUUGGCUUGUGUUCUCCUCCACGUGUCUUUCAGUAUGGUAGGAUUCCUUCAGCUGCCUUGGAUCAUGUCCGGAGAAUUAUACCCUCAGGACAUAAGAGGCGUCAUGUCUGGAGCAACGGCUUGUUGUGCAUACGUUCUAAUCUUUUUCAACAUUAAAACCUACCCACAAUUAGAAAAACUCGUGACCAGUAAUGGUACGCUGUAUUUAUUCGGAAUUUGUGCAUUGUUAGGGGCUAUCUACUGUUUCUUGCUCUUGCCAGAGACGAAAGGAAAGACUCUCACAGAAAUCAUGAAACAAUUUGAUGGAGACAAAAAGGGCAUGGACCCUGAGGCUGGGUACACUAAAGAGAAACGGUGUAGUAUAGAAGGCCGGCCUGUACAGAGGCGGCACAGCGCUGGUGCAGCGGUCUCGUUGGAAAAGAACGAAUUCAAACCGCAGUGGAUGCAAGAGGAAGAAGCGAGGCGAGCACAGAACCAUUGCGAAUGAACUCUGUAGGGUUAUGUUAUCCUAGUUCUUGACUGUUGAAAUUAUUAGCAUGUUAAUAAUCCAUUGUUUCCUAUUGUGUAUUAUUAAGAAGUUCAGAAAUGAAAAGUGAAAACUUAAAAUCGGAUAACCUCAAGUAUUGAACAUUUUUAUUUAGACUUGAGGACGAUUUGAUCAAACGUGUUACGUUUAGGGAAAUAUCGCUUGGCUAUUUUAUGACAGCCUGGUACAUAAAAUUACCAUAAGUUAGAAAAAUCUUAAUUUAAAUGAGUUUCUUUUUUACCAAUGAAUGUUGUAUGACUGUGUUAUAUUUAAUAUUAUUUGCCGUUGCAUGUGUGUAUUGUGAUCAGUAUUAUAGGUAUGAAAUGUGUACAAUAUAAUUUAUAAUUACAUUCCAUUAUGUAGUUACCAUUAGUUUUUAUAAGGUGACGUUAUAUUAAUUUAAGUACAAAUUUGUCCUAAUGUAUUUAAUGAACAGAGUUACUACAUUUAACGCGUGAGGACGAAGUUAAUAUUUUUAGUUUUAAUGUAGUUUGAUAAAAUAUUUUUUCACUAAACGUGUGAUGUGUUCGGCACAGAAGGUUGCGGGAACGAAUGUAAUGAAUGAAAUUUACAUUUGAAAAUAAGAAAAUUUUGUUUCUUGUAUUGCCAAAUUAACUAGAACUGGUUGUUUUAAUUUGUAAAUGUUGAACUUUGUAAGACAUAUAAUUUACAAAUUUAGUAUUAAGUGCCAAUAUUUAUAUCACAAUAUGUAUUUAGGAUACAAAUGUUUCUUAUGAAAAUAUACAUUUACAGAUGCAUUAAAACAUUCAGCAAAAGUCUGUAAUUUGAAUGAAGAUACUACAUUUUAAAUAAUUAAUAUAACAAGAAGUAUAAAACAUCACAAAUUAUUCCUCUUUAUGGUAUUAGGAAAGGUUACCAUUAUAUCAUUAAACAAUUCUAAUUUAAUAACAUAUUAUUUUUUGUAUAAGUGUUGCGGACAAUCAAAAUUUUAUAUAUAUAUUUUUUACAAGUAGACCAUAAAUUUUAUGACGCAUAAUAAUUAUGGUUUCAAUUGUCUUUACUCAGCAGUGCAUGUUUAUUUUAAUUAAUAGGUAGUUCACAAAAAUAGCAUUUAAUAUGUUUACAAUGUCUGCAAGUUUUGUGAAAAUAUGCUGUAUUUUGUGUAUAUGCGCGGUGUUCUCUUAAACUAUUGUACAGCAACACUGUGACGACUGAGUGAAUAAAAUCAUGUUGUUUUCAA